GAGUAGGAAGCCAGUUCAACUUCAACUCAGCUGGGUUCGUCGUUCAAAACUUUCAUUGUUCAAGCAUCCCAGUUGUGUUCAAGUACUUCAAAAUUCAAAAAACAAUUUCCAAGUGAUCUGUAAUUAGUGAAAAUUAACAAGUGAAGUGACAAUGUAUCAGUAAUCUCUUCCAAGUGCUACCGUCAGACUUUUUCGCGUGUGUAAAAGUGUCAAACAAAUUAACCCUACUUUUCGGAUAAAACAGUUCACACUUGUUGAGCUGUAAGUUUUCAAGUGACAAUAUUUUUAAUUUGUAAUUGUUUAAGUGCUCACGGAUUCCAUGGAUUAUAAUAAUUAAACAUCAACUCCCUUGGACAAACUUCUUUCAUCUAACAAAAGUAUGGAGGUUCUUCCCGCAGCUCAGGCUGGUGUUGGCAGAUUCCCGUUCCCACCAGAACUGCUAUGGAAAUAUCGGAUGUCAUUCCCACCGCAAAUGGACUUCAGAACCCAGCUGCCUCGAAAAUUAGGAAAUGAUCCCAGACAAUGGUCUAGAGAAAGUGUGGCUUCAUUUCUACAAUGGUGUCAAUACGAGUUCGAUCUCCCACAAUUCAACAUGGAGAAAUUCCAAAUGAAUGGCAAAGCUCUAUGCCUUCUGACCAAAUCGGACCUGGCUGAACGUAGUCCCGGUUCGGGCGAUGUUCUUCACAAUGUCCUUCAGAUGCUGAUGCGCGACUCCAGUUGCACAGUAGAUCCCCACGCUCAGCUAACUCCGCACUUUUCGCCGCACGCCGGAUGGCCACCUCUGCUACAGGGUGGUCCCUUGCAGGGUGGUCCUCCCGCUCAACCGCCUGUUAGCUUUUCGGUCACCCUCAGUCCGGUUCCGCCCAAGGCACGCACUACGUCUGCGGUAAAUGUGCCAAGGGUGACUCUAAGUCCGGCGCCGCCACCUACCAGUCCUUCGCAGCAUGACAGCAUUGGCCAGUAUUCAGGCCUGCGCACCAACGACCGUGAGACACAGUGCCGAUCGCCGCACAGCCCCUGCUCCCCCUCGGCCACCCACCUGUGCCCUCCCGCCUCGUCGCCCAGUCGCAAGGCGGCCGAGCCGCAGCUGUCGCCUGCCGCAGCCGCAAACGCAGCCGCAACCGCAAUGCACAGCAGCUGCAGCAAUACGCCGCCGCACUCGCCCAACAACAAAGUCGGCCACUUCACUGCCGCUGAGUCGGUGUCGCCGGCGCCCGAGACCAAUUCUAACGGAAGAUUACUGUGGGACUUCCUUCAGCAGCUGUUGAACGACUCCCAGCAGCGUUACACGGCCUACAUCGCCUGGAAGAAUCAGGAAUCGGGCGUUUUCAAGAUCGUCGAUCCUCCAGGCUUGGCCAAACUGUGGGGUAUCCAGAAGAACCAUCUGUCCAUGAACUACGAUAAGAUGUCGCGCGCACUCCGCUACUACUACCGUGUCAACAUUCUCCGCAAAGUGCAGGGCGAACGGCAUUGCUAUCAAUUUCUACGCAACCCAAGCGAACUGAGAAGCAUAAAGAACAUGUCGCUCCUGCGGCAACAGGCUGCACAACAGACGACGCAGGCGGCAUCGCAGUACGUCAAAAGUGAGCCGCAGUACGUCAAGAGUGAGUUUCUGAAAAGUGAACCCCAAGACUCAGCCAUAGAUCACGAACAAGAAGAGGAAGACAUGCAACCGACCGAUCUGAGUGUAUCCUCAUCGUCGUCAUCUUGGUCGCAGGAAAAUUGCAAAUCGGAACCAGUCGAAAACAACAACAACACUUUAAACAACAACAACAAUGCAACAAUCAACGGACAGGACAUGAAACUACAGCUGAACAUGUGGACACACGAAAAUGGCAAAAUGAAAAUCAAUUCUCCCACUUCGAGAUUGAACGUACAUGCUAUCAAGGCUGAGGAUAGCUCGUAGUCUAGGUUAAUACAUCUACGGUUAAUAAAUCUACGGUUAAUACAUCUACGGUUAAUACAUCUACGGUUAAUAAAUCUACGGUUAAUACAUCUACGGUUAACAGAUCUAAAGAUCAAGUCUAUAGUGAGAUUCACAUCGAACUUUCAGCAUUCCUUGUAAAUAGCCCCAAUGCUUUCUAUUCAACCAAUGCUGAACGUUUUAAAUGUAUCACACUAUGGCUCACCGUGGCUAUAUACACUCGCUGUGAAUACAGUAACUAUAUAACCAGUGGUUACAGUAACUAGUGGUUAUAUAGUUGUGAACUGUAAUAAAAGAUUAUUCUUGUUUGUUUUGUGAUAAAAAUCGCGUUCUGAUUUUGAGAGAUGUGAAAAUCAUGAAUCACUUUUUCAAAAGUGUGAAGUGGAUUUGUUUGAAGACGUGAUUGUAAGUAGUGUGAAGAUUAUUUAUCACAUUCCUGUAGAAGUGUGAAUAAGAAGUAUUUGAAGAUAUAUACUUUGAAAUAUGCUAUUGUGUUUAUAAUUAUCACUGAUGAAAUUUAUUUGUGAAUAAUCAACGAGAUGUGUUUAAGAAACAUACUUUGAAAGAUUUGGAAUGUGUAUGAAGUUACAUUACAGAUUAGGUAUUAACCCACACAUUUUUAUGAAUGUCGAAACUUGAGGAUACAUUUUUUAAAGACUGUAAAUGCUAGAUGAUUUAUUAAAAAAUAAAACAAGUUUUUUUGAAGAGUUUAAAUUUGAUGUUUUCAAAGAACUAUAAUUUAAAUGAUGUAAAAUGUGUAUGAAUUGUGUAAUUACUGGUCAAACUCAUAUGCAAUGAAACGUUGAAAACAAUAUUCAUUUCAAGAAGCGAUGUCUUGAAAAGGUUGAAAAAAACUUGCUUUCAACAUACAUGAUACAUAGAUCUUAAUGUACAAUAAACUAAACCAUUGUAUCGAUUAAUUAUCUAGUAUUAUAGUAUAUUAUGGUCAUUCGACUUGAAACCUCGUAUGUGAAUGUUUGAGUGUUUAUACGCAUUUCUUAGUUAACUUAUAUCUGAAUCAACUCUUCCAUUCCAAUAGCACAUUCCAUUUUAGCUUGAAAUAAAACUGAAUUGAGGUAAAAAGCUAUAUUGCAAUUGUCUCUACUAUCCACUUAUGAAAUCUACCUGUUUCAUAACAAAUUCUUAAUUAUUUACAUUUAUUUCUAUUAAUUUAAAAUCUUUGGUAGAAAGAGUUUCUUAGCCACUCAAUUGUAAGCUUGUUUGUGAUUGAAAAGUGUGAUUAUGCUGUUGCUAGAUCUUUUUUAUAGUUUAUAUAUUUGUUAAUGAUGUGUUUCCAUUAUAAUGCAAUUAUGAGAAUUCAAUCAUAUUGGAAUUAUUCUUUAGUUAUCGGAGUUACCGUUUUUGAAAUAUCAUUUAUAUCUUUAUUGUAGUCUGUAUUAUUCAACGAAUUUUUAUUAUGUAUUAGUAGAUGUUAGACUUGCUAUGUAUAUUUUUUCUCGUGGCGAUAAUAUGAGAUAGUAUGAGUUGCAAUGAAUCGGACUAUGUGUGAGGGGAAUUAUCCUACAAUGAAGAGAUUGGAGUAUUAUUAUAUUGAGUAUUAAAAUACUGUACCAAGUAAUUAUUAUAAUAAUUUUUCCUACAGUUACGUUGAAAAGUGGCCAUUGCUGCACUGAUUACAGAACGCAAAGAAUCACUUUUCCGCUCUAGUGCGGGAAAAAUUUUUCUGCACUCCAGAUUUGCAACAUGGCAACGCAAAAUACUUAGUAGGUUAUAUGGAGCAACAGUGCAGCAAAAUCAAAAUGAAGUUGGUAACAGUGACUGCUGUGGCUGCUAUAGUGAGCAGAGGUGCAACGAAGCACAACGCGCUAAUUAUUAGUAUUAUAUAUUAUAACGAGGACAGCAACAGCACAGUGCCACCACAGCACACACCACACAGCCGCCUCGCCAUUCAAACACUACUAAGUUAUUUGAUGGAUUUCAGGCAAUUUUACCCAUAAUUACCCACUUUUCAUAUUCAAUGGUAACUGUAGGAAAAACUUAAUGUGAAAUACGUGCGCAAAGUUCCUCUGCUGCACUCAAGAAACCAUUCCGCCCUCGCCUACGGCUCGGGCGUAAACGUUUCUUUCGGUGCAGCAAACUGUCACUUUGCGCACUAGUUGCACAAAUAACUAUUCUAAAAUUCGAUUUCUUUCCAAUACUAUUUUUCCUGUUUGGAAAAUCUCAUGCUACUUUAAUGAAAGUUUCAACUUUCUGUUUCAUUUCUAUUAUAAAAUCUCUCUCACUGACAAUAUUCUAGACAAAAUAUUCUAAUCAAUUAUGUAACAUUAUACAAGUUGAGACUCACACAACAAUUGACACUCUGACUGCUGUAUUCUUGAUGUAUUUUAUCUUAUGAAUAAAUAUGUAGUUCACCUAAAAUACCAAUUCAAAUGGAAUUGAUGUUUUUAUCCUGAUAUACCAAUUCAUUAUAAGAUCUUUCCUCUCAAAUAAACUAAAAACAGUGUAAAAUUAUCUCCUCGGUCCAUCUCGUGCCAUUUCUGACCUUUGUGAAUUCUUUUGAACCUAAACAUUGAAAUGGCAUGAGCGGAUAUUUCUCGUACCUAGCCAUCUAGGGUUUAAUUUAAAAGAAACUGUUGUUCAUCAUUUUAAUGUCAAUUUUGAAUAGAUCAUCGUAUUCUAUUCAGAGUUUACAGAGGAUGAAAGUUCUUCAAAAUUCAACAUUCCAAUCAAAGAUUGAAAAGGGGUGAGUUUUGAAAUUUAUGUUAUUUUUCAUUGCUCUUUAUCAAAGCUUCUCUAGUUUGUUUAAUGUUUUACUAAAAAUAUAUCAGUUUAUUGGAAAUUAUUUCAAUUUUUUAAUUCACGAAAUAAUCAGUGAACUUGUUUUCUUGAAGCUGUACAACAGUUCCCCAAAUUACUUCAUGAAACCUGUUUAGAAUCUUACCUAUAUAAAAUUCUAAAAAUCUAAAAUUAUAAUUUUAAAAUCAAAUCACUUAUUAGUUAAGCACCUAACAUUCCAUUCAUUGUAAUAUAAUAUGUUAUUCACGUCUAUUACCCUUUAAAUAGUGAUAAUAAAAAUACUCCUUCUUUUGAUUUAUUGUGUUCAGAUUUAUUACAAUGAAUUUUGUUUAUAACCUACAAAUAUGCUCAAACAUUUUUGCAAUAAUAAUUAUUAUUGAUACUAUAGUUCUUUAUUAGUCGAUAUAGGCUACAUGUAUAAAUCUAUAUGUUAGUAUAUUCUCUUCAUUGUUCUAUUGAGUUGCGAUUGUUUCAUGCUGUGAACUUCUAUAAAAAUAUUUCAUCCAACGAAUUCUAUUAAAUAUCCUAAUUACGAUCUCCACUUGAUGUAAUUUUGUGUAAAUGAAUUUUUAUUAACACUGAAAAUUGAUUUCUGUUACGUAUGAAUGUGGAAUAAAAAGUUAGAGAUUAUAUUUUGAAA